CAGUUGAGUACGCGCGCUCUCCCGCUCCCUCGCACACUCUACGCACGCUCACUCUCAGCUGCUGGAGUCUACUGUAGAGUAUCCUGGAUUGAACGAGAUAAAAACAGAAAAUUGCCGCGGAAAAAGAAAGCGGAGCCAACCCGUUAUCUGCCAACCGCUGUGUUGUCGCAUAGGAUGUACUGCGAAAUGAAGUAAAUCGUUUGGUUUGUUUGUGUUGCUUUCAAUCUUCCCCGCUUCUCCGUUCCCUCCGGAGUUAACUUGAGGGUUCUGGACUGAACGAAGAAACAAUGUGCGCCGGGCUGAAGCCUCUGUUGUCACUUUCAUGAGAUAAACGCAGGACUGUGGAACAGGUGUAGUCCAGUGAGCCGUCCUUGGUGAGCGUGGUGUUGUGCGUCUGGCCUGGGUGAGAGCGAGCGAGAGCAGCUGAGCCAAGAGGAGCCGAGAGGAGCAGAGAGGAGCAGCCAUGAGUGCCGAGGCCACGCAGGAGGUGGUCACCACCCCCCCAGCCCCCCUCACCGACAGGCCCGGCUCGGCGCCGCCGCCCAAGGAGCGCUACUUUGACCGCGUGGACCAGAACGACCCGGAGUACCUGCGCGCGCGCAACAUGUCGCCCGACCUGCGGCAGGACUUCAACAUGAUGGACCAGAAGAAGAGAGUCACGCAGAUCCUCCAGAGCCCGGCCUUUAAGGACGAGCUGGAGAGCAUGAUUCAGGAGCAGCAGAAUAAGGGCAAUAACCCUACCGGCCUGUUAGCCCUGCGGCAGAUUGCAGACUUCUUCAUGUCCAGUUCCAUCGCCGGCUUCUCCACUUCCCCCCUCAGUCUGGCAAUGGUCACUCCCAUCAAUGACAUGUUUGGGACCGAGUCCACCAACCUGGCCAAGGGCGAGAAGCAGACCCGCUGUAAGCUGUCCAGCCUCUACCGGCUGGUGGACCUCUUCAGCUGGGCCCAUUUCCCUACCUCUUUCGUCACGGUGCGGGUGAGCAAAGAGCAAGACCACAUUCUCAUCCUCCCCAGGGGACUGUCCUUCGCCGAGGCCUCCGCAUCCAAUCUGGUAAAGGUGAACAUGAUCGGGGACGUGGUGGACCAGGGCUCCACCAACCUGUGCAUCGACUACGCCGGCUUCAGCCCCCACGCGGCCAUCUACUCCAUGCGUCCCGACGUCCGGUGCAUCAUCCACAUCCACACUCCAGCCACUGCCGCAGUCUCCUCCAUGAAGUGCGGGAUUCUGCCCAUAUCCCAAGAGGCUCUGAUCCUGGGCGACAUCGCCUACUACAACUACCAAGGCAGCCUUGACGACCAGGAGGAGCGCUUGGAGCUCCAGAAGGCCCUGGGCCCCUCUACCAAGGUGCUGGUCCUGAGGAACCAUGGAGUGGUGGCGCUGGGAGAGACUAUCGAAGAGGCCUUUCACUACAUCUACACCGCCCAGUUUGCGUGUGAAAUCCAGGUGAAUGCCAUCUCGUGCGCGGGCGGCGUGGACAACCUGAUCGUGCUGGACCAGGAGAAGUACAACCAGCGCACGCACGGUGUGGCCGUGGCCGGGGUCAACAUGGGCAGCCAGCACAAGUGGAAGGUGGGCGAGCUGGAGUUCGAGUCGCUCAUGCGCAUGCUUGACAACCUGGGCUACCGAACGGGCUUCGCCUACCGGCACCCCAUCGUGCGGGACAAGCCGCGGCACAAGAGCGAGGUGGAGAUCCCGGCCACGGUGACGGCGUUCUCGUUCGAGGAGGAGGACGCUGCGACGCGGCUGCCCUUUAAGCUGCUCCAGCAGCGGCAGCAGCGAGAGAAGACCCGCUGGCUCAACUCGCCCAACAGCUACAUGAAGGUCAACAUCGGCGAGAACAACGGCUCCGAGAGCAACCCACGCACCAAGUGGAUGAAAUCUGAAGACUCCAGCCUCAGCAGCGGUACCCCUAUCCGGAUCGAGGACGCCAACCAGUUCAUCCCCCUCAACACCAACCCCCAUGAGGUGCAGGAGAAGAGGAACAGAAUCCGGGAACAGAACAGAUACGACAUGACAACAGCAGGGCCCCAGUCCCAUAAGCUGGCGGGCAUCGUGAUCGAGAGACCGCCGCCUUACACAGGAGACGAUGAGGAGCAGACAGGGCCGCUGCCUCCCAACCCCUUCAGCGAGCAGACCGACAACGUGGACGGCAAACACCUCACUGAUGGUGAGCACGACCAGCUAACCUCCGACGACGUGUCCACACUCUCCCAGUCUCUCUCCCUGCCUCAGUCUCCACAAAUCACUCCUGCUAAAGAAGAGAACCACACGGGCGUGCUGCUGAACGGGAAGGGCGAGGGCCACAACGGCAACGAGGAGGAGGAGCUGAACAAGCGCAUGAGUCAGCUGACCACCAGCGCCGAGAGCCUGAAGCCGCCGCACGGCGAGAAGAUCGAGGAGGCGCUCUCGCCCGACAGCUCACCCUCCAAGUCCCCCAACAAGAAGAAGAAGAAGUUCCGCACGCCGUCCUUCCUCAAGAAGAACAAGAAGAAGGAGAAGGUGGAAGCUUGAGAGGGAGGAGUGGGAUGGAUGGAAGGGAGGGUGUGAGGUGAAGGCAAGUUGUCUUUUUCGGACGACCUAGUCACACCUUUUUUUUUUUUAGAGAUUAGGAGUGCAGCAGAGAGCAGGGAGAGAGAGAUGGAGGAGUCGGGCUGAUUCCUCAGGCAUGGGAAUCUGAAAUGUGUGUAGUGGGUGUGACCUGUGGCAGUGAAGCUUUUAUUUUGAUUUUUUUUCUUCCAGUCUUUGUAUGCCAAGAACUUUCCACCACUCUUCACAGUUCAUUUGGUAGCUUUUUUUUUAUUAUUAUUAGAGAUCACACACACACACACACACACACACACACACACACACACACACACGCACACACAAAUUCUACCCCUUUUGUCGUCAGCAUUUCACUUUCCAGCCGGUCGGGUCUGUUUUGAGUCCUCUCUCCCUCUUCUGUGUGUUUCGCAUUACUUCAGUCUGUGUUUGUUUUGUUUUUUUAAGUCAUUGAAUUUUUUUGUAAAGUUAAUUUUUUUUUUUGUGAAAAGAGAAAAGAAUCCCACCACUGUAUGCAAAACAAAAAAAAUGCUGAUUUUAAUCACUCUAGUUGAAAGAUGAGUGAAGAUGAAUUUUCUGAGGAAUCAUGUAAGAAGAUGAAUUUUCUGAGGAAUCAUGUAAGAAGAUGAAUUUUAUGAGGAAUCAUGUAAGAAGAUUAAUUUCAAUAACAGGAUAACAGCCGGUAAACUAAACUCCACCUGUGUGAUUCCCCCUCUGCGUAAUGAUUGGCCUUAAGAGUUAGCGGGCGCUAUGGCCCGACAAACAAAGCUGCACAGCACGGCGAUGUAGCAUUCAUGAACUCAUCCUCUGUGGCUGGCAGCCAUUUUGUUUUAUGAGGCCUGUCAAUCAUGGUCUGCUUCCCCUGUGCUCUGGGCUCGUCUCUCCUUAAGCGAAAGAGGAUGAGCGAUCACACCACACCACAGACGCGAAAGUCACUGGAAUCAGUUUGAGACAUUUUUUUUUUUUUUAACAGGAUUUAUGAUUUAUUGUGUUUUCUUCCUCUUAUAUACCCUUCAUCCUCUGUCUGCUCUUUCCGUCUUUACCCUGUCUUCACCCGUGUCUCUCGUCGAGAGAGAUUCAAUGGGUUUGUACCUUUAAAAGGUCAUAAAGGGUCCUUCGGUUGGAGGCAGAAUUGGGAUCACAUCCUUGUUGCGCUCUGACUUCAUUCACAAUCCUGUAUAGUCUCGUUAAUCAGCUUCCCCACUUUUUUUUUUUUUCCCUCUUGCCAAACUAAAUGGAAAAAAGAAACAAUCACGUUUUAGUGAAAUGGAAUCUCAUCAUUUUUACAUCAUGCAUUUGGAUUUUUUUUUGUUUUAAGAAGAAGAAAAAAACAUUCAUCUCUGAUUUUAGUCAGUGGGGUUUCCUGCUAGAUGCUUUUAAGUUUUUACUCCAUUUCUAUGCUUUUACUGAAAGUUAAAAUGGUCAACAUUUUUUUUCUCUCUCUCUCUCUCUUUCUCUUUGAACUUUAUAUGGCUACAGUGAUGCCGAGCUCCUCAGCAUUGUAGCUCAGACAAUAAAACUGCAUAUAUUGGAGGUAUAUGAUAACUGGAUGCAUUGAAUUAAUGAUUGAUUCUGUAUUUGUAUUUUUUUUUCUUUUUUUUUUUUAAUUGUUCUGCACUUUUCUAAUGGUGUAUAACACAAACUCGUACAUGUAGGCGGUUUCACCAUUGAAGGAAGGUGCGGGGAAGGCCAGAUAGAAAGUGUCAGGAGCAGAGAAGAUGCAAAGACGAGAUGAAAAGUUUGAGAAACUGGGGAACGACAUUUCAGGUGUAUGGAAAGGGAGUAGAGACAGAGAGUGUUUUUUUGUGUGUGUGUGUGUGUGUGUUAAGCAUCCAAUUAUAUUAAAUAUAUGUAUUUGUUAACAACUAUGUAGAGCAAAACAACAACAAAACAAAACAAAAAUCUCAAUCCCAUAUGAAAGUGCAUUAUAAACAAGCAGUCCCGUCACCAUUCACCACCACUAUGGAAGCACCAGCCAGGAGGUGUGAAGCAGGAGUCUCUGGUCUCCGAACGGAAUCGGAGUGCCAUUUCCUGUGCGUGUUUCUUCCUACAAUGAGCCAUACAGAUAUCAAGGUUGUUGUGUUGUUGUUUUUCAUUUUUUUUUUGGAUGUAUAAUUGCAAGACAAAGGUUGAGCUACAAUCUUCCUGCUCGUUCUACAGCGAGAGAGAAAGUGAGUGCGUGAGUGAGUGAGGGAGAGGGAGAGAUGGGUAAGGGGGACCAGGAGGGUCACGAGACCACUAUCAAACUCUUACGAGUCACUUGCAUGACGUGGAAGCCACACGUUAAAGUCACUACAAUGAAAUGGCACCACACCAGGCCACAGACUUCUCUCUGUCGCCAUGGUUACUUUGAGACCCUUUGUUUUUGUUUGCUGCCAUUUUGUCAUUUCAACUGUUUUUUUUUUUUUUGUUUUGUUUUUUAUGUCCCACUGUACCCACAUCCAAGUACUAUUUUGAGCGGAUGGGGUUCAAAUCAUGAAAACAUGAAAUGAAUGACCGUGGCAACUGGGAGAGAUGUGGUUACACUUUAUUAAUUUCCCCUCCAUCUGAUCCUUCAUGCUGAUUGAAUUUUUUUCUGGAAAUAAAAAAAAAUAAUCUACCAAAAGCUCGUCCAGAUUACAGAGACCCAAGAGUGAACUCUACCAUUAGAAAAAAAAAAAAAAAAAAAAGAAAGUAGGUUGUCACUUAUCCUCUAAAUCAGUGUUGGUCAGUCAGUGGGUUGGGAGUGGGCAGGCCAAACCAGCAAUGGAGACAUCCCAGCCAGCAAUGUGAAAGUACUGGAUUUGGACCCAGAGGGCAGGGGGAUGGGGUGGGGGGUUGGGAACGGGGUGGGGUGGAGCGAAGGACAUGUAAGCUGUGUAAAUAAGCAUGUGGCUUUCAGGAGGCCCCCGGCUGGAUCUCAUACAUGUCGAACGCCAAAGCCGGGGCCAGAGAUGGAGGCAAACAUUUGAAUUUUUUAUAAGGCAGGCAGGCAGGGUGGGGGUGGGACGAGCAUUGGGUCGAGUCGGGAAGUGAAGAAAGGCGUUCCUGACAUUUAACAUGUUUUAAAAUCGAUCCAGUUGUACUACUUUUUUUUUUUUUCCUCUUUCAUACCAUGUUUUUUCCCUUUUGCAAGUUAUUUUAAGCUUUCAGUCCUCCGUUUGUACUGCAGUAUGUUUUAAAAUAGUUUACAGAGCACAAAGCUUUUUACUCACCAUUUACGAGCACAAAAUGGCAGAUGAAUGAAUGUGCAUUGCAUUCUCUCGUUUUAUUUCAUUUUUCCUUUCUUCUCAAGCUUUUUUUUUUGUUUGUUUCUUUGACCGUUUGCACCUUGUUCUACUAAUGCCUGUCUUUCCAUCACUUUUGUUUUAAAGGAGAAAAAAAAAAUACAAAUUAGCUUUGGCAUGCAACUUUGAGCCAAGCCUAUCUGUGAUAUGUGAAAUCUUAUAUAAAUGGUUAUCUAAUGGAGUUGCUUUUAGAUGUAUUGCUAAUCAGUGUAAAUUCACAAAUAAAACUAUUUUAAGACAA